CCUUGGGCGGCCGAAAUGGCGCUGUCGUGCUCCCGGAAUAGGUAUCUGCUGCUCAUGGCUCAAGAGCACCUGGAGUUCCGCCUGCCGGUGAGCCCGCAGCGACCUCCACAACUUCAGGACGGGAAAGGACUGCACGGAAAUAAAGUCUUUGCUUUCACUUUUUGGAGGUCAGUUCACCAGUAAUCAGGAAAUUUAUGGAAAGUCUCCUUUUUGGAUUCUUAGCAUUCCCUCUGAAGAUAUUGCCAGAAAUUUAAUGAAACGGACAGUGUGUGCCAAGUCCAUAUUUGAACUGUGGGGUCAUGGAAAAUCUCCGGAAGAGCUGUAUAGUUCUCUUAAAAACUACCCUGUGGAGAAAAUGGUUCCAUUUCUACAUUCGGAUUCUACAUAUAAAAUAAAGAUUCACACAUUUAAUAAAACACUGACACAAGAAGAAAAAGUCAAACGAAUAGAUGCCCUUGAAUUUCUGCCAUUUGAAGGAAAAGUGAAUUUAAAGAAGCCACAGCAUAUAUUCUCUAUAUUGGAGGAUUAUGGUUUGGACCCAAACUGCAUCCCUGAGAGUCCACAUAAUAUUUAUUUUGGUAGAUGGAUUGCAGAUGGACAGAGAGAGCUUAUUGAGUCAUACAGUGUUAAAAAGAGGCACUUUAUUGGAAAUACAAGCAUGGAUGCUGGUUUAUCAUUUAUCAUGGCCAACCAUGGAAAAGUCAAAGAAAAUGAUAUUGUCUUUGAUCCAUUUGUUGGAACAGGUGGCCUUCUGAUAGCAUCUGCUCAUUUCGGCGCGUAUGUAUGUGGGACAGACAUAGACUACAACACAGUUCAUGGCCUGGGAAAGGCUAGUAGGAAAAACCAGAAAUGGAGAGGACCAGAUGAAAACAUUAGGGCAAAUCUUCGGCAAUAUGGUUUGGAGAAGUAUUACCUUGAUGUCCUGGUUUCAGAUGCAUCUAAACCUUCCUGGAGGAAGGGCACAUAUUUUGAUGCAAUCAUCACUGAUCCCCCAUAUGGUAUCAGAGAAUCUACAAGAAGAACAGGUUCUCAGAAGGAAAUACCAAAGGGGAUAGAAAAAUGUCCAGAAAGCCACGUUCCUGUUUCCCUGAGUUAUCAUCUGAGUGAUAUGUUUUUUGACCUGUUAAACUUUGCAGCGGAGACCCUUGUAUUAGGUGGAAGACUAGUCUAUUGGUUACCAGUGUACACACCAGAGUACACUGAGGAGAUGGUACCCUGGCACCCUUGCCUGCAACUCAUUAGCAACUGUGAGCAGAAGCUUUCCAGUCACACAUCAAGGCGCUUGAUAACCAUGGAGAAGGUGAAGACAUUUGAGAACCGGGACCAGUAUUCACAUCUGUUAAGUGAUCACUUUCUCCCAUACCAAGGUCAUAAUUCCUUCCGUGAGAAAUAUUUCAGUGGUGUAACAAAAAGAAUUGCCAAGGAAGAGAAAUGUAGCCAAGAGUGAAAAUGAAGAUUUUGACAAUGGAAAAAGAGUAAGGAUUUCACAGAAAAGACAUCUGGAUGUGAAUUUCCAUGAAUGAUACAGAAAACAUAUACUGUUUUAAAUACUUUUUAUAACAAAAUAAAUGCUACAAAGUAAAUUGAAUAAUUCUUUUACAAUUAGCUUUGUUUUAUAGACUAUUUUAUUGUAUGUGGUCUUUGGAACUGUGUUUAAUUUAUAUUUGUACUUUCAAGUAUUAUGGAAAUUGAAAACAGUUAUUUUUGGUAAUUAAUUUGCAAGGGGAACUGAUAUUGUUGACUUUUUAAACAGAUUCCUGCCAGAUAUGUUAUAAGCAGUUAACCAUGGUUGAUAAUUUAUUUGUUUAGUAGGUUUGUUUAAUUUAGUUUCUGAUUGUAAUUGAGUUAUGGUGCCACUAAUAAAGUUUACUGAGGAUCCCUAAAA